AUGAGGUAUGUGGAUGGCAGGAUACAGGCACCAGUACAACUGACCCGGGUUAUGACCAAUGGGAGAUUACCAACCUUUGAUUAUGGGUUACUUAUUCAUUCGAUGGUACCAGACAUUGGCGAGGGCUACUUGUCUAUGGAGACUGCCCAAGAUGUUGGGAUGCUUGGCUACCACGUAUUUCCACAAAAGGGAAUUUCUCCCAAGCAUUUGAGUUCACGCCGCUCUAUUGAGAGCUCUAUUCAGCGAGAGAGAUGGUUCUUCAGUACUUCACCUUCCUCACCAACGGCUGGAAAUGCCUUGAUCACCUGCAGGACUAUAAGCCUGUUUGCACUGCUGAUUUUGUCGGUGGCAUUUGCCUAUGUCCAGAAUGAGGAUAGUCGCCGGUCUGCUAUGAUGUCCCCUGCUUCUAAUGAUCUCUCUGGCAUGACUACUCAUGAGCUUGAGGAUGUUCUGCGUCAAUUGUUAGACCGCCGGGGUCUUCUACUACUCUCAAUCAUCUUCCUCGUCAUUUGCCCGCUCAGGUAUGAUCAUCUUCGUGCAAAAGCCUAUACAGAUGCUGAUUGGGCUGGAUCAGUGACUGAUAGGAGAUCGACUUCAGGGUAUUACACCUCUGGUGGAAGUAACGUAGUUACUUGGAGAAGUAUUGAUCAGACGGAUUCCAUACGGUUAUAUUGUGAUAAUAAAGCCGCUAUCAACAUCGCUCACUAA